AUGUCGACGAACAAAUCAAACAAACCCACCAACAAUGGCCGACCGCUCAUGCCCGCUCUCGCCUCUACCAGGACAGCAAAGACUCCUGUCACACCAAAGCUUGCCGUCUCCACUACACCCGCGAGCACGACCAGACGGCCCACCAAACCUGACAUCGAACCAAUACCCAAACCCGCCUUGAGGGAGGACAUGUCGACACCCGUCAAAGCGUUUCUGAGCACCAACAUCACACCACGCUCUUCAUCUCGGAAGUCACACAUCGGAAGCCGGCAGUCCACGCCCAGUGGCACACCAACAGGCACGCCCAGCGACGCGCAGCCAGCCUCGACACCUGUGCUGGACAGACCCCGAGGGAGAGGCAAUCGCGGCAUUGAGUUUGGGUCGGGCAGCGGCUAUAGCACGGCCGCGGUACGGAGGCCAAAGAGCGUGGUCAGCGGCGUAUCCACCUGCCAUACGGCGCCUACAGUCAAGUCGCCGAGUAUAGCGGGCUCCCGGACCCAGAGCCCAGAGCGGGAGAACUCCAUGUUCUUCCACACCAGCGACCCGAAGCCACAGGAGCCGUCCCAACGACCUCCUAAACCAUCCUCGACCUUCUUUUACGCCAACGGGGAUCAAAUAACCCCUGACGAGCGACCUCCUGCCCCAUCACCGCCCCUUUCCGCCGUCAGCAGGAGCAGCCGGCCACAAAGCGUCUUCUUCCACGCCGACGGCACCUCCGAAACACCUCCACUCAUGGCGUCCUCACCAGACUCGUAUCUGGCUGCCAGCAAUCCCGCACAGUACCCGCCGAGUCUGCGGCCGCCAUCACCUGCGAAGGACAGCAUCCACCUCUCCUACCGUAAAGGCGCAUCCCAGGUCAUGCGGCCGGCUAUGCACCGGCCAUCGAUCCUUCCCCCCAUCUCAACGCCUCCCACGCACACCCAGUCCGUCGAAGGGAGCUCGAGCCGAAGGUCCAGCGCCGGUUCCGCAGCCGGCACUUUUCGCCACGGCCACGCCAAAACCGCCUCCAUCUCCUCCGUCGACUCCGCCAGAUCCGCCAGCAGGACAUUCCCCAGCAACGCUACCACCCCCACAGCAACCAAGCACGCGAGUCUGCACACCCCGCUGCACAACACCUGGUCGCCCUCCUCCCCGACAACCAACGCGCCCGCGCCCCGCUCCCGCACCGCUUCCCUGGCCUCGGAACCACGGCGGCAGCCUCACGCCACCACCCCAACCUUCCCCCCCACGCACCCGCAGACGCAACGCCAGCCCUCCAUCUCGCUCCCUCAAAGCCCGACCAAAGCGACCUUCGCGCCCCACGGCCAAAGCGGGCAGUCACUGCAGCAGCUGAACGAACUCGCCGCCUCGGCCCGCCGCGAGCGCAAAGUGCUGGACCUCGAGAUCUCGAACUCGAGUCUGCUGGCCAUCAACCGGCAGCUCGAGCGGCAGGUGUGGCGGCAGAAGGCCGAGUUGCGCCGGUGGAGGCGGCUGUCGAGGCGGGAGCGAUUCUCGGCGGCUAGCGGUGUGAGGAACGAGGUCGGCGACGAAGAGGGCGAGGGUGAUGGCGAGGGCGUUGUAGACGGCGCGUCGGGCCUGCUGGACAGCGACGACGACUCCAACGACUCCGCCGAAGGCUCCGACGAUGGCUCCGACUCCUCGCUCUCGCCCUCAGCCCAAGCGCACAGAGACUCGCGGCACAGGCUCAAAGACGAGAAAAGGCUCCGCCUCGACCUGAGCAGACACAGGUCCCUCCUCGUCGACUCGCAGAAGCUGAACCAGAGCCUCAAGCGCUGUCUCGGCUGGACAGAGGAGCUGCUGACCGAGGGCAAGAAGGCGCUCGCGUAUCGCGUCAGGGUGUCGGAUGUGAGGCUUGGCGGGCGCAUCCUUGGUGUCGGGGCUGGAGAUGAGGGCGAGAGCUUGAGUGUGGCGGACGAGGAGGAGGAGGAGCUCGAGGGCAUUUCGGCGCUGUCUGGGCUGGGCGGCGGAGGUGGAGGUGGAGGCGGGGGUUUACUGGGGGUGUGGAAGCCGCCGGAUCGGGGCCAAGGGGCGGUUGGGGGUGGAGCGGAGUUUGAGGAGGAGGGCACGGAUAAGGAUAGUGGCGUUGAGAUGGAAGGGAGUCAUGCUGCGUCAGGGCAUGAGGGCAGGCGGUCGUUUGUCCUGCGAGAGUCGUUCUGA